AUGAAGAGGAAGGUAUGGAAACCAAUAGGGAAGAAGAGGAAUCUGAUCACUGCUAUGCUGGACCUGAAGAUGUAGCCUGUGAUGUCUGCAGUGGGAGAAAGCAGAAAGACCUCAAAUCCUGUCUCACCUGUCUGGUCUCUUACUGUGAGCAGCACCUUCAGCCUCACCAUGAAUCUCCUGCUUUUGAAAAACACGAGCUGGUGGACUCCUCCAAGAAUCUCCAGGAGGACAUCGCCCUCCGUCAGCAGUGUGUCUACACAGCAGAAAUUGCAGAGAGGCAGAGAAAGCUGGCAGCGAUUCGACAAAAAAUCCAGCAGAGGAUCCAGGAAAGAGAUAAAAAUGUGAAGCUGUAUUAUCUGGAGAUGGAGGCUAUCAGUGACUCUGCUGCUGAAACGGUGGAGGACAGUGAGAAGAUCUUCACUGAGCUGACUCGUGUCAUUGAGAAAAAAAGGGAUUACGUCAACCACAAGAUCAGAUCGCUGCGUCAAAUUGAAAAAAAUCGAGUCAAAGACCUUCAAAAGAAGAUUGAGCAGGAGAUUGCUAAUCUGAAGUGGAAAGACUCUGAGCUGCAGAAGCUCGCACACACAGAGGAUGAGAACAAGUUUCUGCAAAAAUUGCCCUCGCUCUCACAUCCCGGUACACCUACAGACACAUCGAGCAUCCUUUCGCUUCAGGACUUUAAGGACGUCAAAGAGUCUUUGACUAAAGUCGAAAGAAACGUAGGGGAAGUUCUGUGGGAGAAUAGCACCAACUUCAAAAUGGCAGGGACCAAAGUGGAGGUUUUACUGUCCCCGCAAGAGCCUAGCAUCAGAGCUGCACUCCAAAGAUAUUCAUGUGAUAUCACCAUGGAUCCAAACACAGCAGAACAUUGUUUGAAAUUAUCCAAGAGGAACAGGAAAGCAACACACACAUGGGGAAAAUCACAGAGUUAUUUUCAUCACCCAGGCAGAUUCAUAGGUUGGCCACAGGUGCUGAGUAAAGAGAGCCUGACUGGGCGGUGUUACUGGGAGGUGGAGUACAGCAAAGAGAAAAAAGUGUGUGUAGCAGUCUCAUACAAGGAAUUCAUCAAUGUUGACUGUGUGACUGAAUGUAAAUUUGGACAUAACAACCAUUCUUGGGCAUUGCAAUGUGAAGGUGACCGUUAUAAACUUCACUACGUGGUUCCAACUAUCUUCUCAGGGCCUAAGUCCAAAAGAAUAGGAGUGUACCUGGAUUACAGUGCAGGUAUCCUGUCUUUCUACAGCAUCUCUGAAACCUCCACUCUCCUUGUCACAGUCAAGACUUCCUUCACUCGGCCGCUCUACGCUGGACUUACCAUUUGCUGUCGUCACGGACAAAAUCCAGUUACAGCAGAGUUCUGUAAACUCACGGGAUAAAGGGACAAUGGGUUCAAACUGCACAGAACAGCACUGUACAGCAAUCUACUGUCAUUCAAACGAUGUGGAUGUGGACUUUUAAUUUAUUUUUAUGUUUGAGUUCUUGCCAGGAGGUGCUCUUACCUGCUUCUGUUAAGCCAUGGAUGAUAUCGGGGCUAAUGAGGUUUAUACAUUGUUCUUUCUGUUCCACUACAUUGGUCCCAAGAGAGAAAGCUCCAAUUUUUUUGUUCUGAAGAAAUCUUAAACCUUUACCAAGCGUAACUGAUGGGCUGUGUUGACAAAUUGAUGUUUGAUGAGAUGAAUAAACAAACAAACAGGAAA